CUGCCUGCACCUCCCAUGCUGAGGAGGCUGUCUGUGCCAGUGCCCCCCACCUGGGUACCUCUCAACUGGGGCCAUGCCCAGUCCCUUCCCGUGGGGGGUCUGGCACCGUUUGGCAUCGUGCCCUAAAGCCCCCCUGGGCACUGUGGGUGGGCACAGCCCCAGCUGCACCGGUGGCGUUCCUGGCCCUGCGCUGUGGCAGCUGCCCCCAGACUGGGGGUUUGCAGCCAGCUGGGGGGAGUGGGGACAAAGGCAGCCGUGGGGAGGGGGAUGGUGGGGGAACACGGAACAUUCACAGGGCCCCCAAUAGCAGCUGGGGAAACUGAGGCACAGUGGGACAUGUGUGAUAUUUGCCACCCUCUGCUGUGGUCCCAUCCAUGCUUUCUGCUUCCUCCCCAGAGCCCUGUGCCCCCCUGCACCCCAUUUCAGCCCUGCUGCACCGUGAGAUGGGCAGAGCUGGAGAGGGGCUGCAGCAGAGCCUCACACCACAGCAGUGCAGGCAGCGUGCCCAUGGCAGGGGUGGCACAGCACCAGUGCCAGCGCUGGCCCACCUGGUACCUAGCUGUGCCCCAGCCAUGCCAGCAGGGCAGGGGCCGGGUGGGCACUGGGGCAUGGCAGGCACGGGGGGUCAGGGCAGCGCAGCCCCGGGAUGGGACAGCGCCCGUGCCCUGCACGCGCCUGCGCCCCUUCCCUGGGGCACGAGGCAGCCGGGCCUUUGUCCCCGGCCCUUUGUCUGGCAUCUGCUCCCUGCGCCGGCGGCAGCACCAGACCACGGAUUGGAGCCACUUCGGGGCUCCGGCUGCGACCCGGACGCCUCUGGGAAGAACGAGAUUGGAAUACCUAAUGGCCAGCAGCCCCCCAGGCUGGCAGUGGUGGGAGUCCUGCAGCUGAGGCAGCAGACAGGGCAGGAGUGGGGGCUCUGCCUCCUGGCACUAGUGGGCAUCCUCUGUCAGAUCCUGGCUGACCCCAGAGCCCGUGCCCAGGAUCCAUGGAGGAUGGGGGAGCUGAGGACCAGGGGGAGAUGUGGGGGCACCGCAGGGCAGCUUGUCUCAUUCCAAUAGCAGGAUAUGUCCCUUGUGGGUAGACUGGGAGCUGGAGCAGGGACCUGACCUCUCUCCUCCUGCCCCCCAAGAGGAUGAUCCUACCCUUGGGAGCCCCCAAAACCCCUCACCCACAGUACCCCCCCAGCCCCCUCCUUCUUGUCAGGGAAACAAUUGCCUCCGAUGGGAAUUAUUUCCAUACAGCUGCUCAGGAAGGCACAAACCCGGUGGAGGAAGGCUGAGCCUUUCUUCUGGCGCUGCUCCCCCUCCCCACAGCGGCGGGGGCAGGUUUGGGGGGGCCCAGGCGCUGCCGUCAGCGCUAUCAGCUCGGCAGGGCUGGCUGCGGUUAUUACCAUACAUUAUCGCAGUCCCCUGCCUCCGAAAGGAGCCGGGGCUGCUCCCCCCUCCCAGCCCUCCCUCCUCCUGCCUUUUACACUUAAUUACCUCCCUUAUUACACCGCAGCCUGGAGAGAGACAAAAUCCCCGGGCAGCGGGCAGGCGGGCAGCGGGCAGCGGGCGGGCAGCGGGCGGGCAGGCCCAACUAGGGCGUGAGUAAUCGCCCGUUCUGCAAGCGUGCCUUCCAGGAGAGAGCAGGCACACGCACGGAUAAAUGCAUCGGGGAGCGCAGGCCCGAGCCCCGUGUGUGUGUGUGCGUGGGAUGCCGCGAGCAGCCCGGCAGGCGAUGUCCCCUCGGGGCCGCAGCCCUGCGGGAGAGGUGACCUUGAACUUGGCAGAGCCUUGACGUCAGGGCAGCGCUGCAGGGACAGAUGGGACUCGUGGUGCUGCCGGCAGUCCCUGGCCAAGGCCUGCGGGAGCAAGUGGAGAGACCCCAGCCCACACGGGGAGUAGCCCGGGGAUCCUGUGGGAUGUGGAGUGCUGUGGAUAUGGGAUGCUCUGGGAUGCGGGAUGCUGCGAGCUGUGGGAUGCACUUAGCUGUGGAAUGCUGUGGGAUGCCGUGGGAUAUCACAUGCUGUGGUCUGUGGGAUGCUCUGGGCUGUGGAAUGAUGUGGCUGUGAGAUUCCCUGGGCUGUAGGAUCCUGUGGGAUGCUGUGGGAUGCCCUGGGCUGUGGAGUACCACACAAAGCAGCGAGCAGAGGCACUGCGAUGCAGGGCUGGCCCCAGAUGUGGCUCUGGGGCACAACUGAAGGAGCAGACAUGGCUGGGAGCAGGCAGGUGCACGGUGCUGCCUGUGGGGAUGCUGCUUUUGGUCCCCAGUGCCACAUCCCUGGCCAAAGGGGUUACUGUGCCCAGGGCUGCCCUGUGCCAGCACUCUGCCUGCAGUGACAGCAGAGGCACCGUCCUUAUUAAGUGCUGCAACGCUCUGGGCAUUGCACAAGGCUCAGGGAGAGCACGGCCAGCCGCCAGUCAGGUCCCUGUGUCACCCACUGGCCCUCAGAUGGCACAACUCCGGCCUUCAGGUGGCACAACUGCAGGGAAAGGCAGCCCUGGAGCACCAGCUGCCUGCAGCGGAGCGCGGAGAGGAGGGGGAGUGGGAGAGGGGGCUCCAGUGAGACGAGGGGGGAGUAAGAGUGGGGGCUCCAGACGGGAACAAUGAACUGCCACGAGCCCGGCUAUUGUUGUGGCUGCGAAGGUCACGGUGCUUCCUGGGGACUGGGAGCGGGACAGGGACAUGGGAAGGGAGAGAAUGUGGGAAAAGAGGGAUGGGAACAGUGGGAAGGAAUGGGGACAAGACAGAGGUGGGACAAAGAUGAGAGCAGGGAAGAGGGGAAAGGGUUGAGGACAGAGAAAAAGGUACAGGGGAAGGGAGAAGGGAAAGAGAAAGGGGUCAGUGGAAAGGGUCUGUGGACAGAGAUGAGAACAGGGAAGAUGGAUGGGAAUGAGAACCGGGAACAGGGAUAGGAACAGGGAGCAAGGACAAGGAAAGGAGAAAGGGACAAGAAGCAAGAACAGGGACAGGGAUGGAGACAAGACAAGGGACAGGGGACAGGAAUGGGGCAGGGGACAUGGAUGGGGACAGGGAUGGGGAUGAGGACUCCCGUUCUUCCCUGGCCCCGGGGACUGGCGGCAGGGAGACAAAGGCGGUGGGAGGCAGAGGCAUGUGCCCCCCCCCCGUCUCCCCCCGUCCCCCUGUGUCCCCAUUGUCCGUGGCCGGGGUGGGAGGAGGAACCAGGGGGAGGGACCAGGGACCCCACAGUGUCGUGAUGCCCGGGGCACCCCGCGCUACCGGCGGCUCGGGGGGCUCUGGGGGGGCUCCGGGCGCGGCCGGGCGAAGCGGCCCCCUCCCCCCCCGACCGCCUGCCUUCCUCCUCCUCCUCCUCCCCCUCUUCCCCACCUCCUUCUCUUCCUCCUCCUCCUCCUCCUCCUCGCCGCCCUGCCGCCUCCCCGCCCCUCGCACUCGCCUCCCCGCGCCUCUCCGUGCGCACCGCCGGGGCCGAGCGCCGGGGCCGGGGCGGGGGGGGCCGGGGCCGGUGCGGGGCCCGGGGCCGGUGGCGGUGCCGGUACCGGAGGUGUCCAGCGCUGCCCGGCCCCGCCAUGCCCCGCUCCUUCCUGGUGAAGAAGCUGAAAGCGGAGGCGUUCCCGGCCGCCGGGGCCCCUGCGCCCCCCUACGCCCCCCUGGAGCCCCCCUACACGCUGCCCGGCCCCGCCGCCGGCGAUGGGUACCUCCAGCACUGCCUGGCGCCAGCCGGCUACGACACUGACAAGAAGCAAGGCCUGCCACCACCGCCACCAGACCCGGCCUACGCACCCGGCCACGAGGAGUACAGCGAUCCCGAGAGCCCCCAGUCCAGCUUUUCCGCCCGCUACUUCAACGGGGAGGCGGCAGUGACAGACAGCUAUUCCAUGGAUGCCUUCUUCAUCACGGACGGGCGGUCGCGCCGGCGCAGCGAGAGCCAGCGCCGCGGCGGCCACCGCCACUCCUGCCCCGAGUGCGGCAAGACCUACGCCACCUCCUCCAACCUCAGCCGGCACAAGCAGACCCACCGCAGCCUGGACAGCAAGAUGGCCAGGAAAUGCCCCACCUGCGGCAAGGCGUACGUCUCCAUGCCCGCCCUGGCCAUGCACGUCCUCACCCACAACCUCAAGCACAAGUGCGACGUGUGCGGCAAAGCCUUCAGCCGGCCCUGGCUGCUGCAGGGCCACAUGCGCUCCCACACCGGGGAGAAGCCGUUCGGCUGCUCCCACUGCGGCAAAGCCUUCGCCGACCGCUCCAACCUGCGCGCCCACAUGCAGACCCACUCCGCCUUCAAGCACUACAAGUGCAAGCAGUGCGAGAAGACCUUCGCCCUCAAGUCGUACCUCAACAAGCACUACGAGUCCGCCUGCUUCAAGGGCUCCGAACACAGCUGUGCAAUAGGGAACUAGCCCCCCAAGCCCUGUGGCACAUCCCCAUUCCCAGCUUCAUCCUUCUACCCAAUCCCCAUCCCCAUCUCAGCCCAUGCCCAUCCCUAUUCCCCUAUAGUUCCCAUCCUGUCCCCAUCCCCAUCCCGUCCCGGUCCCAGUCCCUGUGCCAGCACUCCUGCAGCUGCAGCCAGCUGGUUUGUUGCUGUGCUCAGACUGGAGGACACAUCCCCACAGACUCACUCCCCAUCUGCUCCCUGGGAAGGGGGUCCCCCAUAGUGGGACCCAGCUCCUUUCCCCUGGGUCCCAGAGCCCCCCCGCAGCCAGGCAGGUCUCUCUGCGGGGGACUCACCUGGGGACCUCUUCCUGACCCAGGAGAGACUUUCCUCCCCUAGCUUGUGACGUUCACCUCUAUUUAUUUAAUUUAUUACUAUUAUUUAUUUAGAGCUGCUGCUUCUCUUCCCGGGGGAUCCCGGGGGAGAAAAGACACUUUUCUGCUCCCCACUAGGAGCAAACCCUCCCCUUGACCCUAAUCUUGAUGAGACCACAGGCUGGUGUUCCUGCCAGCUCGGCAGGACUGAUGGCCACUGAGGCUGACAGAGGGCAGGGCUGCCAGUCACCCUUGGAGCCUCGGGUCCCUGCAGCCCACCACACAGGGCACCCGGCUGCCCUCUUCCCCGUGGCACAGCGUUCACCCUGGCACUGCAGAUCCACAGCCCUGGAGUCAGGGGAAGAGCCAAGGGAGGAGCCAGGGGCUUCCAGCAGAGAUCCACAGGACACGACCUCCGUUGGCUCCCAGCUCCUGGCUCAGCCAGGCACAACUGGCCCCUGCCACGGGGAUGGGGAAUAGCCCCCCCAGGCAGGUGCAGCCCCCCUCACCAUGCCAAGGGCUGGGCUGGCAGCUGGGCUGGAGACCCAGCCCUGGGGCAGGUAGUACCCAAACCCCCAACCACCCCCCCAUGUAUCCCCAGACCCCUCUCCAGCCGGCUCCCGGCUCCCUCGCCAUCGCCCCCCACCUGCACUCAGGAGGAGGGGGUCAGAGUAGCUGUAAAGUUUGGGUGAGUCUAUUUAAAUGUUCUUAUUUAUAUUAUUUAUAACUUAUGCUUUUCACUAUUUAUUUGUCAAGACUGGCCGGGCCAUGCCAGCGCUGGCUCGCAGGAGGUGGCAGAGCUGCAGCAGAACUGCCGUGCCCAGGACACAGCCACGGUGACACGGACGGGGACAGGACCCCGAGAGCGGACUGUGUGGCGGGCACGGAGGCAGGAGGGCACGAGCUGGCCCGGCAGCCCAGGCUGCAUGUCCUGCAAGCCUCCCACAAAGGCAAAGCCCUUCUCAUUUGUCUUCCUUGCUUCCACGGGCUCCUGCUUUGCUCCGUGCCCCGCGCCAGCCCGGUGGGGACGAACCAGCCACUCUAUGCAACCUCCCGGCGGAGCGGCCCCGCACCGGCCCCGCAGCAAGCGCCGCGCUCGGCAUUCCGGAGCGGGGCCCGACCCACGCCUCCGCUUCCUACCUCGGGCCGCGAGUUGCCACAGCCCCAUCACCCCGUGCCGGUCCCCAGCCCUCCGGGACUCAGCCCGGCGCCCCGCGGGGCCGCACUCGCGCACCCCCACACCGUCUUCCUGCGCCGUCUUCCUCCCCGCACCGUCUUCCUCCCGCUGCCUCGGUGCCUGUGUUGGUCACGGGUUGAGUGGGGGUGUCCCUGUCAUGGUCCUCGCUGCCGUGGCACGGUGACCACACAUCCGCACCCCACAGAGGGGAUGAGCAUCGCCCUGGCCCCGCGGGCACCCCACCGGGUUUCCCCCACGAUGCCGGCGCCGGUCCGCGGAGCGCGGUGUCCUGAGGCCGGCGGGCUCGGAGCGCUGCGCUGCUGCCCCUCUCUCCUGUAAAUAGCAGAUACUACAGCAAUAAUUUUCCGUGCAUGAUAGAUUUUUUCUGCCAGGUUUUGUACUCGCCAGCCCCAGUAUGACAAGUCUACUGAGAUCCGGCCACCCGCAGUAUUACUUGUAAUGCAAUUCAGGGAUAUAAAAGGGAUUUCUGCCACUAA